GUCUGAUUGAUUGUCAGCCUGAGUCUAUUAUAUGUCGGCUUGUUGACAUGAAUAAAAAAGCUGUCUUUGCUUGUGCUUCUGCUUCUGCUUCUGCUACCUCUGAUUUCUCAGCGACAAUUCAGCUUCAAUCUCUCUUUAAUCCUUGUCAAGUUAAUGAACUUUAAAAUGGGAUAUCUUGUUUUGUUUUGGUGAUCAAAAUCUCCAGUCUUUUUUUAGAUGGUCAAGAUUAGUAACUUACUGGGUCAUUUCUGGAAGACAAAGAAGUAGACGAGGAAAGAAAGCUCGUUUCCCUUAUGAUUUUGGUUUUGUUUGUUAUGUUGAGGGAUUUAGUUGGGGUUUGAUUUCUUGGUUUAAAGGUAGACUUCUUUUUUACUCUUUUUGAGCAUUUCAAGAUAAGUUAUCCUGCAAUUAUUGGCAAUGGCUAUGUAGUUAGAGCCUGAAACUAAACAAAACAGGAGUUGGGUUUGAGGUGGAUGGUUAAAACCUGUGUGGAAGAGAGGAGUUGAUUGGGAAAUAAAAAAGUUUUUUUUAUUCAUAUCUGCAAGAAUGAAGGUUCCUUCAAAUGGCUUCUUGCCAAAUUUUGCAGAAGGGGAAAGAAAAUGCAUCAAUUCAGAGUUGUGGCAUGCUUGUGCUGGGCCACUGGUUUCCUUGCCUCCAGUUGGAAGCCUCGUAGUUUACUUCCCUCAAGGCCACAGUGAGCAGGUUGCAGCAUCAAUGCAAAAGGAGACUGAUUUCAUACCCAGCUACCCCAACCUUCCUUCCAAGUUGAUUUGUAUGCUUCAUAAUGUCACAUUGCAUGCUGAUGUGGAAACUGAUGAGGUCUAUGCACAGAUGACCCUUCAACCAGUAAGCAAAUAUGAGAAGGAAGCACUGCUAGCGUCUGACAUGGGGCUAAAGCAAAACAGGCAACCUACCGAGUUCUUCUGCAAAACUCUUACAGCCAGUGAUACAAGUACUCAUGGUGGAUUUUCUGUACCUCGUCGAGCAGCUGAGAAGAUUUUCCCUCCUCUAGACUUUUCAAUGCAACCACCUGCUCAGGAGCUGGUGGCCAGAGAUUUACACGACAAUACAUGGACGUUUAGGCAUAUUUAUCGAGGGCAACCAAAAAGGCACCUGCUCACUACAGGUUGGAGUGUCUUUGUCAGCACAAAAAGACUUUUUGCUGGUGAUUCUGUUCUUUUCAUAAGAGAUGAGAAAUCACAGCUUCUCUUGGGUAUAAGGCGUGCUAAUAGACAACAACCAGCUCUCUCUUCAUCAGUUAUAUCCAGUGAUAGUAUGCAUAUUGGAAUUCUUGCUGCCGCAGCUCAUGCUGCUGCAAACAACAGCCCAUUCACUAUAUUCUACAAUCCAAGGGCAAGCCCUUCUGAGUUUGUGAUUCCCUUCUCCAAGUAUAAUAAAGCAUUGUACACGCAAGUGUCACUUGGCAUGAGAUUUAGAAUGAUGUUUGAGACUGAAGAGUCAGGAGUCCGCAGAUACAUGGGUACAAUCACUGGUAUCAGUGAUAUGGAUCCAGUGCGCUGGAAAAAUUCGCAGUGGCGCAAUCUUCAGGUUGGGUGGGAUGAAUCAACUGCAGGUGAACGGCCAAGCAGAGUUUCGAUUUGGGAGAUUGAGCCUGUUGUAACUCCUUUCUACAUAUAUCCACCUCCGUUUUUCAGACCAAAGUUCCCUAAGCAGCCAGGGAUGCCAGAUGACGAUUCUGAUGUAGAGAAUGCUUUUAAGAGAGCCAUGCCUUGGCUUGGAGAUGAAUUUGGCAUGAAGGAUCCCCCAAGCUCAAUCUUUCCUGGUUUGAGCUUAGUUCAAUGGAUGAGCAUGCAGCAAAAUAAUCAGUUUCCAGCUACUCAAUCAGGAUUAUUCCCAUCGAUGGUUCCUUCCAAUGCCCUGCAUAAUAAUCUUAGCACUGAUGAUCCAUCAAAGGUAUUGAAUUUUCAAGCCCCUGGCCUAUCUCCUCCAAGUGUCCAACUUAACAAGACAAAUCCACAAAACCAAGUCGGUCAGUUGCCUCAGCCACCAAUGGCAUGGACUCAACAACAGCAGCUGCAACAAUUAUUGCAGACUCCUAUUAACCAACAGCAGACUCCUAUUAACCAACAGCAGCCACCUUAUCCCCAUCAGCAGCAGCAGCAGCAACCUAUUUCCCAACAGCAACAGCAUCAGCAUUGGCCACAGCAACAGCCGCAACUGCAGCCACCACAAAUACGACAACCACCACCACAAAUACAACAGCAUCAACAGCAGCAGCAGAUUUUCCAACCACCUACACUCAAUGACAGUGUGGUUGCCCCUAACCAAAUUCCAAAUCAGAAUUUGCAGCAACCAGUUGUAUACUCUCAGCUUCAGCAGCAGCAGCAGUUACUGGCAAGCAAUACCCAAUCCCAAAGCAUACCUUCUGCUAAUAAAAGUUCAUAUCCGCUGACCUCUUUACCACAAGACUCACAGCUUCAUCAACAAAUGGAGCAACAAUCUAACCUCUCACAGAGACAACAGCAGCAGACUCAAUUGCAACAGUCCCCUCUGCUGUUGAUACAGCAAAACCUAUCACAGAGGGCACAGCCACAGCAACAGCAACAAUUGCAACAACUAUCACAGCCCAGUCAUUCUGAGCAACAGCUUCACUUUCAGUUACUACAGAAGUUGCAGCAGCAUCAGCAGUUGCCCUCCCCCGCAAGCUCAGUUCUGCAGUCUCAGCAGCUACAGCAACAACAACAGCAGACCCACCAGCAACUUCAGCAGUCACCUCUGUCACAUAAUCAGCAGCCACUUGGCGGUAGCAGCUUCUCAACAGCCGCACUUAUGCAAACACAAUCUUUUCCUAUGAACCAGCCCCAAGGCUUGCAGAAACCACCUAUGGCAGUUAGAGCACGUUCAAGUAUUACAGAUGGAGAAGCGCCAUCUUGUUCAACCUCACCUUCCACUAAUAAUUGCCAGAUUUCUCCACAAAAUUUCCUGAACAGAAACCAACUAUCUCCGGCCAUGUUGAUGGGUGAUUCAGUUAUUGAGCCUGCAAGUAAUCUUGUUCAAGAUCUCCAAAACAAGUCUGAAAUUCGUGUCAAGAAUGAGUUUCCCAGCUCAAGAGGUCUAGACCAACUAAAAUAUAAAGGUGCUGUGACUGAUCAAUUGGAAGCUUCCUCUUCCGGAACAUCAUAUUGCCUAGAUGCUGGUAACAUCCAGCAGAAUUUCUCAGUCCCAACCUUUGGCUUGGAUAGUGAUGUCCAGUCACAUCCUCGAAACAGUCUUCCUUUUGCAUCUAAUAUUGAUGCUUUGGCACCCGAUACUUUAUUGUCAAGGGGAUAUGACUCUCAAAAGGAUCUUCAGAACUUGCUUGCUAAUUAUGGUGGUACUACACGAGAUAUUGAGACCGAGUUGUCCACAGCUGCAAUUAGCUCCCAGUCAUUUGCUGUGCCAAACAUACCUUUCAAGCCUGGUUGUUCGAAUGACGUUGCCAUCAAUGAUACUGGGGUUUUGAACAAUGGAUUGUGGACCAACCAGACCAACCAGACUCAACGGAUGCGUACAUAUACGAAGGUCCAAAAGCGUGGCUCAGUUGGAAGAUCUAUUGAUGUCACUCGUUAUAAAGGUUAUAACGAGCUGAGACAUGAUCUUGCCCGAAUGUUUGGCAUUGAAGGGCAACUAGAAGAUCCACAAAGUUCAGACUGGAAACUGGUUUAUGUUGAUCAUGAAAAUGACAUAUUACUUGUUGGAGACGAUCCUUGGGAGGAGUUCGUGAGCUGUGUUCAGAGCAUAAAGAUACUGUCAUCUGCUGAAGUGCAACAGAUGAGCUUGGAUGGAGAUCUUGGUAAUGUGCCUGUUCCCAAUCAAGCUUGUAGUGGCACUAACAGUGGAAAUGUCUGGAGGGGGCAGUAUGAUGAUAAUUCAGCUGCCUCAUUUAACAGAUAAAUGGGUCAGGUGGAGUAUCUGAGCUAAAGUUGACUUCCCUUGAUGGUUGUUCCUUUUUUUUGCCCUCAGCAGCUGUCCCAGGCGUUCUGUCAAUGAUUUUUAAGUUGUGUAACAAAGGAAAAUGUGACUACACUCGGGAAGAUGUGACUGGAAUUACAUUAUCUUGCUGCAGGUAGUCGAGCUCCUGCCACAGAUGUGGUGCUAGGUGCUAGAGCUGUGGAUUGUCCAACAGCAAUCCCCCAAAUACUGUCACCUUUGUUGCAACUUUUGCCUUCAGAUGGUAGUAUUCCUAGUAGUUCAACUUUGGAUUACAUCCGGGAGAGUGGACAGGAGGCAAAGGAUCCAUGAAAGCAUCUUGCCAAUCUACUACUGCCGAUUAACACAUUUUCUCCUGUAAAUGCUAUGUCCAUUAACAAUCGCUAAUUACCUGCAAUUCCACAUCUUGUUAAUAGAACAGCACUUUCUACCCUUUAGUGUUAGCUUUGUCGCCCUCUCUUAGGUGAAAUUCACGUGCGUGAACUAAUGAUAUAAACUUUGAUAUGUUGUAGAAAUGACUAGCCAUAUACCCGGGAUCUGCUACGAGGUAAUUUCCGAAAUCUAUUUUUAUUUAAUUUUAUGAUAAUGAGAAUUUCUAUUUGGAAGAA